AAGUACAUUCAACAUUCACACAUUACAAAGAAAUAUUACAAAAAUGCUAAAAACUCCAAAUGAAUUAUCAAAUGGAAAAUGCUAUGGACCCCAAGAUUAUUUGGAAUCCCUAUCAUAACUCUUUAUGAAUAUGAAAGGUCUCACAUUUUGUAUCUAUAAAUACUAAGAAAAUAGACCAGAUAAUAUCAUCAACAAACAUAUCAUUUCUCUACACAAAAUGGCAAUGUGGAUCUCUCAAAGAUUGUUCUGUCUUUUUUUCCUUCAUGCCAUCCUUAUAGUAUCAACCCAAUCCUCUGCUUCAACUUCACAGAAAAACAUUAAUUUGAUUCGCCAAACGUGCAGGCACACCAAUAACUUCAAACUCUGUGUCGCAUCUCUGGAAUCAGAUCCUCGGAGUUUGAAAGCAGAUGUCAAAGGGCUUGCUCGCAUCAGUCUUCAACAAGUCCUGGUUAAAGCUAAUCAAACAUUACAGAUUGUGGGAAAACUGUUUAAUCAAACCCAUGAUCGUAUAGAGUACGAAUUCUUAGGAACUUGUAUUGAAGGAUACAACAAAGCUGUGUCAAUUGAACUACCAGGAGCAAUCAUUGCAUUGGAUUCCAAUGACAAUGGAGGAUCAAAACAAGAUGCAGCUAAUGUUAGGGACGAUGCCAACCUGUGUGAACAGCAGUGGGCGAGCGGAUCACCGGUCACCAAUCAGAACCAUGCUGUCCGUGACCUCUCUAUGGUGGCCUUUGGCAUUAUUUCUAUACUGGGUUGAUUAUUUGUCUACGCUUUUCUCUAUAUGUUCAUGGUCAAGUUUUAGUGCUUCGUUGUCUUCUUUAGCAAAUUAGCUGAUUGCUUUUGCAAUUUUACAUUAAAAUUUUUGAAUGGUUUAAUA